AGUCGCUAGAGCCCUCAGGAUUCGUGCCGUUUCCAGUAUUCGAUGGCAGCAGGUUCCGCGAGAUGCUUGACGAGGAGAUGGGCUUUGCGUGACCAUUUGGGCUUCUCUCUGUACUUUUUUGUUCUUCUGGGGUUUUGGAUUUAUCUUGUACGGCUUACUGCAUACCUGGGACCUCGUUGUAUCACUACACCACACAUACACGAAAUUCCUAUUCUUGUUCUCCAAAAUGCCAACCGUGCAAACUGUAUCGGUGUCUGACUCGCAACCGCAAGACUAUGAGAACGAACAUGUGCACGCAGUCUAUGAUGAAAUUGCACCUCAUUUCUCUUCUACGCGUUAUAAGCCAUGGCCGAUAAUUGCCCAGUUUCUAUCGUCUCUCCCCACCGGGUGGGUGGGCCUUGAUUCGGGAACUGGGAACGGAAAAUACCUUCCUCUACCUGCAGAUCGCCCGGGAAGCGUAUGGACAAUUGGCCUUGACAGAAGCAGAAACUUGCUCCAGAUUGCUCGAAAGGCUGGGGAAGGAAGUACCAUUAGAGAGGUUAUUUGGGGAGAUGUUCUCGGACAUCCUUGGCGAGACGGAGCAUUUGAUUAUGCCAUUUCGAUUGCUACAAUACAUCACCUAUCAACGCAUGCAAGACGCAGGUUAGCUGUACAAAGGUUACUGAAAUGUCUAUCCCCCUCACAUGGACGGUGUCUAAUUUAUGUAUGGGCGAUCGAACAAGAUGAGCUCUCGAAAAGGACUGUUCCGACAGAGUCACCUGCGGAGAAUGGAGGGCAAGACGUAUUUGUACCCUGGGUGUUGAAAUCGCAAGGGCAGCCCAAAAGGAAGAUUCAACCGGAGACAGAUAGAUCACCAAUUCCUACGUCGCAAGACCAAGAGAAAGUUUUCAAUCGGUAUUAUCAUAUGUUCGCGAAGGGAGAGCUGAGGACAUUAGUUUGCGAAGCUGCUCAAGGCAUGGGCCUUCAGAUUGGAAAUCAGCCAGAGGGAGCCAGUGGAGUUGUUGGGAUAGAGAUUGUCCAAGAUGAUUGGGAAAGGUCGAACUACUAUGUAGAACUUAGACGUUGGGAAUGCAGUUAGUUCACCUU